AUGGCCGCCUCCCCCCACACUCUCUCCUCACGCCUCCUGGCAGGAGGGGCAGGAGGGUGUGUCUGGUAUCUGGAGAGAAGAGCUGCGCAGGGAUCCCCGCACAGGUUUAUGCAUCUCUUUAGGAACGCCGGCAAGCAGUGGGUUACAUUUCAGCACUUCGCCUUCCUCAAGCGCAUGUACGUCACACAGCUGAACAGAAGCCUCCGCCAGCAGAUAAAGCCGAAGUCAGAACCAAUGACCUCGUCUUUCCUUGAGAAAUCAUCUUCGAGUCAAGCCAAAGCGGAAGUAUAUGAGAUGAAGCCUUUUGCACCCUCCUCCCUAUCUUUGCCCAGAAAGCCUAAUGAAACCAAAUUGAUAGAACUAGAACCUGCCUCAAUAAUUGAAGGCUCAGUGGAUGUGGGAAAAGAGACAAAAGAUGAAAAGCAGUGGAAAGAGAUGAAGCUGCGUGUAGACGAUUUACCAGGAAUUUUGGCUCGACUGUCCAAAAUCAAACUCACAGCUCUAGUUGUCAGCACCACUUCGGCGGGAUUUGCAUUGGCCCCGGGGCCCUUCGACUUGUCCUGUUUCCUGCUCACUUCCCUGGGAACAGGCCUGGCGUCCUGUGCUGCCAACUCCAUCAAUCAGUUUUUUGAGGUGCCGUUUGAUUCAAACAUGAAUAGGACAAAGAACAGACCUCUGGUUCGUGGGCAGAUCAGCCCGCUGCUCGCCGUGGCCUUCGCCACCUGCUGUGCCGUCCCUGGAGUCGCCCUUCUGACCUGGGGGGUGAACCCCCUCACCGGAGCCCUGGGGCUCUUCAACAUCUUCCUGUACACCUGCUGCUACACCCCGCUGAAGAGGGUCAGCAUCGCCAACACGUGGGUCGGAGCCGUGGUGGGCGCCAUCCCCCCCGUCAUGGGCUGGACAGCAGCAACGGGCAGCCUGGAUGCUGGAGCCUUUCUUCUGGGAGGAAUCCUCUACUCCUGGCAGUUCCCGCACUUCAACGCGCUGAGCUGGGGCCUCCGGGAGGACUACUCCCGCGGGGGCUACUGCAUGAUGUCCGUCACGCACCCCGCACUGUGCCGGCGGGUGGCCCUGCGCCACUGCCUGGCGCUGCUCGCGCUGUCCGCCGCCGCCCCCGCCCUGGGCGUCACCACGUGGACCUUCCCCGCCAUCGCGCUGCCCAUCAACCUGUACAUUUCCUACCUCGGCUUCCGCUUCUACGUGGAUGCGGACAGGAAGAGCUCCAGGAAGCUGUUCUUCUGCAGCCUGUGGCACCUGCCCCUGCUGCUGCUGCUCAUGCUCACCUGCAAGCGGCCGGCUGACAGGGACGGCGGGCAGCCCCGGAGCUGA